CGAGUACAGCGAUGUUUUUAUUUUCAUUUCUGUUGCUCAUUUAAGUUGUCUUCUUUAAAUAAAUAACGCUGUUGCCAGUAAAAAAUAAAAACCCCUCGAGAUGUGAAAUGCGACCUGUGUGAGCUUCGUGUGAUUUCUGCUGCAACUUGAGUUAGGCGAGCGAUCCCUUACGUUAAUGCUAACUCAGCGCGUUACAUACACACAGAAGAGGACAACAAACACGAGGCUCAUUUUGUGUCUUUCUUUAUUUGUUUUCUUUAGCACAGAGAUUUCUCGAUCUGUACACCAUCGGAAAUCUGCUGGGGAGUGGAGGCUUUGGAUCAGUGUACGAAGGAGUUCGUCGCAAAGAUGGACAGCAGGUCGCCAUUAAACACAUCCGUAAGGAUGGCUCGGACCUGUACAUCACCGUUCCUGGCGAGACCUGCAAGCUCCAUCUAGAGGUGGCUUUAAUGCAAAUGCUAUCAAAGCCACCUCACUGCCAGUACGUCCUGCAGCUUGUGGAUUGGUUUGAAAUGGACAACUGCCUCCUGUUAGUCCUGGAAAGACCAAUCCCCUGCAUGGACGUGUACGAGUUAUGCUUGAGUGAAGGAGGCACACUCAGCGAGCUACUGGCCAAAAUGAUCAUGCUGCAGGUGGUCGAGGCUGCCCGCUACUGCCAAAGUCACAAGGUUUUCCACCGUGACAUCAAGGCGGAAAACCUUCUGUUCAACUCCGACACCCUGGACAUUAAAUUGAUCGAUUUUGGCUGUGGCGAUUUGUGGCAGGACACGCCCUACGUGGAAUAUGCAGGAACCCCAGAUUUUUGGCCUCCAGAAUGGAUCCAGCAACAACAGUACUACGCCGACCAUGCUACCGUCUGGAGUCUGGGCAUUCUCCUAUACAGCAUAGUCUGUGGAGAAAUGCCCUUCAGUAAUGAGGAGGAAAUUGUUGCUGGGUCCCUCAAUUUCAUACCUGGCCUGUCUGAAUCCUGCCGCCAUCUGAUCAACUGGUGCUUGGAGCAAGAUCCCACCAAAAGACCAAGCCUGAAGCAGAUCAGUAAACAUGGGUGGUUCACAGAAGGCCUUUCCGGUUAGCCAGCUUUUCCCUUCAGGGGUGGCCAUGGCGAAUCAUCUCUCUCCACCUAUCCCUAUCUUCUGCAUCCUCAACCCUUGCACCCACUAGCUUCAUAUCCGCAUUUAUUACUUCCAUAUACCUCCUCUUUGGCCUUCCCCUUUGCCUCCUUCCUGGCAACUCCAUGUCCAACAUUCUCCUACCGAUAUACUCACUCUCCCUCCUCUGAAAAUGUCCAAACCAUCUUAAUCUGGCCUCCCUAACUUUCUCCCCCAAACGUCCAACAUGAGCUGUCCCUCUGAUGUACUCGUUCCUAAUCCUGUCCAACCUUGUAACUCCCAAAGAGAACCUCAACAUCUUCAGCUCUGCUACCUCCAGCUCUGACUCCUGUCUCUUCCUCGGUGACACUGCCUCUAAACCAUACAGCAUGGCCGGUCUCACCACUGUCUUGUACACCUUCCCCUUGAUUCUUGCUGAAAUUUUUCUACUGUUCCACUUCCCUCUCUUUCAUUCACACACAUGUACUCAGUCUUACUACGACUGACUUUCAUUCUCCUUCUCUCCAGCGCAAACCUCACCUCUCCAGGUUUUCCUCCACCUGCUCCCUGCUCUCACUACAGAUCACAAUGUCAUCUGCAAACAUCAUUGUCCAAGGAGACUCCUGUCUGACCUCCUCUGACAACUGGUCCAUCACCAUAGCGAACAGGAAGGGGCUCGGAGCCGAUCCCUGAUGCAGUCCCACCUCC